CGAAACGUCACUCAGACCCCACCGCAUCCAAUCAUUGAGCAUUCUUUGACUCAUAUAGUUUUGGCGGCGGUCGGAAGAUGGCGGAAAAUUUGAAAGUGUGUAGAGUAGCAUGCAUUGCUACUGUAGAUCAGCUGGAGACGCUGUGUCGACAGGAGGGUGUUUUGUGCGCCAAGCUUGGCAUCAACAAGCACAAUCUGGGCGAUUAUGACGUUGAAUACCUCUGCGACUACAAAAGAAAAGUCAUCACCGAUGGGAAGACACAAACGGUACAGGAGUCAUUCUUAGUAAAAUGGAAAGGCUAUCCCGAAUCUAUGAACACAUGGGAACCGCGAAAGAACCUGAAGUGCAUAGAUCUGCUCAAUCAAUUUUGGGCAGACCUGAACGCAGAGAUGCAAAGACAGAAGAAGCGCUGCGCCCCCCGACGGCUAGAUCCCGCCACCGCAUCCUUCCUCGUCCAGCAGGCAAAGCUCCGGCAGACUCUUAAACUGUGGGAGGUGCACCUCAACAGCCUGGGCACCCACAAGGGCCAUAUCUACGUCACAAACAAGGUGGAUUUGGAAGGGCCGCCUAAGAACUUCACCUACAUUAAUGACUAUAAGGUUGGCGACGGGAUUUUGCUGAACGAGGUGUCCGUGGGUUGCGAAUGCACGGACUGCCUAAAUUGCCCAGUAGAAGGCUGCUGUGCUGGAGUGUCCCAGCACAAGUUUGCGUACAAUGAAAUCGGCCAGGUCCGCAUUCGGCCAGGGUUGCCCGUUUAUGAAUGCAACAAGCGUUGCCGCUGUGGACCGGACUGCCCCAACAGAGUGGUGCAGAGGGGCAUUCGGUAUUCCCUUUGCAUUUUUCGAACAGACAAUGGCAGGGGCUGGGGGGUACGGACCAUGGAACGCAUUCGCAAGAACACUUUUGUCAUGGAGUAUGUUGGGGAGAUCAUUACAACAGAGGAGGCCGAACGGAGAGGUCACGUGUAUGAUAAAGAAGGUGCCACCUACCUUUUUGAUCUGGAUUAUGUGGACGAUGAGUACACAGUGGACGCCGCUCACUAUGGAAACAUCUCCCACUUUGUCAAUCACAGCUGCGACCCCAACCUUCAGGUCUACAAUGUGUUCAUUGAUAACAUAGACGAGCGGCUGCCAAGAAUAGCGUUCUUUGCCACACGUGGCAUUAAGGCAGGAGAGGAGCUUACCUUUGACUACAAAAUGAAGAUCGAUCCAGUAGAUGCUGAGAGCGAAAAGAUGGAUUCUAAUUUCAGUCUGACAGGACUUCCAGGUUCUCCUAAGAAACGUAUGCAUAUGGAGUGCAAAUGUGGUGUGGCAACAUGUCGAAAGUACCUCUUUUAAGGGGGAAGCAAUGCUGCAAGAACAUCAUGUGAAUUUGAAUAAUGACAUCUACAUUGUUGGAAAUGUUUAGGAGGUAUUUUUAAAUGCCUCGCUGAAUUUUACAGUGCUUUGUUUUUAGCUUUCCUUAAGAUCAACGUUCUAUUCAAAAUUGUUAUCCAGUGUUUUCCAUUAGCAUUUCCCUAUUGGAUUUCUAUUUAAAAACUAUGUUUUGGUCUGACUUUUUAUUCUGUAUUAAUUGGUAAAUUUCAGUCUUGUUUUGCAUAAAUGUGACCACAAAAAGGAAUCUUAUUUCAAAUGUAUAGCUUUUUAAAAUGGUCAAAUUUUAACUGUUUGGCUAGGUUUCUUUUUCCUUCCCAGCUGUUUUACCAAAUAUCUCUUAGUGUCCAUGAGAUAUUAAUGUUGAAUCAUUUAAAAUGUCAUUUACUUAUGUCAUCUGGUGUUGCUUGCCAUUAAUUGUCCACUUGGUGGCGAGAUUGUAGUAGUGCACAACGAAGCAAGUUUGUUAGAAGGGCAGAUUUAUGUGGCUGGUGCCCUUUACACAUGCACAGUGUUGCCUUUCUGUUUUGUGUACAUAGUGUAACUAUCCAAAUGUCAAAAAUAUAUGAAUUUACUGUUAAACUGGU